AGCAAAUCUUCAACACAAUUAACUCUUCUUUUCUUCACAAGAAAAAAAAAUCAUGAAUUUUCUCUCAUCUUUGUCCAAGGGUGCAGGUGGCCAAUCCACCGACGAGCCCAAAAAAACCACCGGCGAAGAAUCAGGUUCCACAACUGAGCUUUUUGCCAGUGCAAAAGUGUUAGCAGAAGCUGCUCAAAGCCACAUCAACAAAGAUGGAACCAAAGUCGAUAACAAAAAGGUAGCUGAAGCUGCUGCUGAUGUCCUUGAUGCUGGACAGAAAUAUGGAAAAUUAGAUGAAACUCAAGGAGUUGGACAAUACAUUGAAAAAGCCGAAACUUACCUCCACAAGUACGGUUCUGGCACCGGCACCGCCACAGACAAGCCUCCAACCGCCGCACCGGAAGAAACAAAAGCUCCGGCAGCAGCAGCGGAAGCAGCACCGGCGCCUACUACGGCACCGGUUACUGAAGGAGAGCAUGAAGAGGAAAAGAAGAGUGGAGGAUCAGAUUAUCUUAAGAUGGCUGGUGACUUCUUAGGCAAGAAGUGAGUUAAGAGAUAAUUAGUUUGGUAAAAACAUAACUCAAAUUAUUGCUUUUUUUCGCGAGUUUUACUUUUCAAUUAUCAGUUGUUUCCUUUUCUAUUUGAACUGUCACAAUCUAUGUAUUAAAAGACACGUGGUUGAUUAGAUGAUGAUAGAUAGAAAUUAUCGAGGCGUGUUUUAGUACAUCGUGAUAGUUCAGUAGAGAAAAGAAACUACCGAUUAUUGGGGUGUAAAAUUCGCAAAGAAAAUAGUAGUUCAGAUAUGUUUUGUACCUCUUUAAUUAAUUGUGGCCUGUGCUUUUUAGUUAUGGCUGUUGUGUUCUAGGUUUCUUUUCGUUUCACUUUCUUAUGGAAUAUGUAUGUAUGUAAGUUGUGUGUGUAUGUAUGUACUUCAGUGUGAUUUUUAGAGUGUAAUUUGUGUUGUAUGGAUUAAUUUGUGGUCUUCUUCCCUUUA